AGUGUCAUCGAGUACAUAAUACGCGGAACCUUGUGGUCAAGAAGUUCGCGCCCUUCCGUCGCACGAACGUAUCGUCUGAGGUAACGAGGCAUCAGUUCGGUAGCUAAGAUAGACUUGCAUAUGUAUAUACCAGGAUUGGUAGUGGGAGAAAGAGUCUGCAUAUGAUACAUACUGCGAGGCUAAGAAAACAGGAAAAGAGGUAGAAUACAAAGUUGGACAAGAAAGACGGCUGUGAUGUCCACACGUCUCGUGCAAUGUAGCAGUAGCAAUUUUCGCGGGAAUAGACGCGAUCAUGUGACCAGCAAAGUUAAGAAUAGUUAUUUACUAACGUUAAUUUCAUUGUGAAAAACGACUGGAUAUCGCGGUUCCCUUUCGGCUAUAAAACUUCUACACGCAAAGUUGGAAAAUAUGACAAGAACUAACGAGGUAUUGAUAGACACCGAUAAGCAGACACCCGAUGUGUACAAUGCGGUGACAUCGUACGGGGUAACAACUGAAGAGAAACCUAACGAGACCAGCAAAACACAAUGGCGGCAGUGGCUAGCAUGUAUUUCCGCAACCCUUUCCAUGGUGGCCGUCGGUACGGUGUACGGAUGGACAACAACCUCCCUCUCACGACUGACAUCCGGAGACAGCGGGAUGCCGUUCAAGUUAACAGACGCCGAAGGUUCAUGGAUGGUCUCUUUGACAGUAAUCGGUUCCAUGAUCGGUCCAUUUUUGGGAGCCUGUUUGGCCGACAGGUUUGGUCGCAAACGUUGUCUCAUGUUAUCCAGCGUAUUUUUUAUCAUCGGCUGGCUUACGGUGUUGCUAGCAGGCACCGUAACAUCGUUGUACGUUGCUCGAGUGAUCCUCGGCAUAGGCGUUGGCAUUUCCUACACAACCAAUCCAAUGUACGUUUCCGAAGUGGCGGAUAUCAAUAUCAGAGGCGCGUUAGGUACUCUAAUAGCCGUGAACGUGUUCACCGGGUCGUUGUUGACCUGUAGCAUAGGUCCUUGGGUAUCUUACAAAACGUUAGCAACGGUUCUACUAGUGAUACCUGUGUUAUUCGUAUUGUCGUUCAUAUGGUUCCCCGAAACACCGCAUUUCUUGGCGUCCAGAGGCUACAGAACCGAAGCUUGCAAAUCUCUGGCAUUUUUCAAAGGUAUCUCCGACCCGAACGAAGUGAAAAAAGAGCUGAAUAUCAUUCUACGCGGGAUAUCUAGGAGCGAUUCGUACAAGACUCACGUGGCGGUGAGUUCGAGCCAAAAUAUAGAGAUAAUCAAGCACACUUGGCCAGCCAAGCUUCGUAUGUUACUUCUGCCGAACAACGCGAAAGCUUUGUGCAUCGUUAUCGGGUUAAUUACGGCGCAGCAACUUAGCGGAAAUUUCAGUACUAUGCAGUAUUUGGUGGUGUUGUUCAAGAAAGCAGCGGUUGGUAUAGAUUCGAACGUAGCGACGAUUCUCGUUUUGGUCGUUGGACUUAUAUCGGGAGCUUUGGCUACGGCAACGGUCGAAGGUGCUGGAAGACGACCGCUUUUGAUGAUCUCUACGUUCGGAUCGUUCGUCACUUUGGCCAUUUUGGCGAUCUAUUUGAUGCUGGAUAACAGAGGGAUCGAUGUUUCCGCGGUGAAUCUUCUUCCUGUCGUCGACGUGAUCAUCUUCCAAGUGACCUUUCAAAUUGGUUUAGGCACUCUACCAAACGCGCUGAUAGGUGAAUUGUUCCCGACGGAAGUGAAAGGCGCCGCUGGCGCUAUAGCUACCGUUUUCGACGGUAUACUAGGUUUCGCCGUGUCGAAGCUGUAUCAAGUUAUCGGCGACAGUCUCGGCUCGUACACGGUUUAUUACUUCUUCUCUGUAUCUUGCUCUCUGGCGUUUCUCAUGGUGUUGCUGUUCGUGCCGGAAACGAAAGGCAGAACCUAUCGCGAGAUUCAAGCGCUCUUAGCUGGUGAGAAAUUAAGUUCCUCGGGUGGGAGAGAGAAAAGCGACGAAAGCGAUUUGGUAUGACACGGGGGAACGCACCGUGCACGGUGCUUAUUUUUGUGCAAUUUUAUGUCUCUUCUUGGUGUUCGAAGUACUGUAAGUGUUGGCUUAGCUGUAAGAAGUUUUGUUCAUUUUAUCGAGGCACUUGAUCCUUACGACGGCGUCAUUUUACGCGUUUAUUUGUUUAGAGAGAAUUGUAAUAAAGGCGACGGUCACUUACUAGCGUAUGUAUCUUAUAACUUGUCCUGCGUUAAGCAUGACGGAAUAAAGAUUUUAGAAGGAAAUUUCUGUAUUUUUCAAACAAACACAAGCACACCAGUUUAAUGUACGAUUACUUCGUUUAUUUGGUAGGAAUUGAAGUUUGUAGCUUUUAUAUCGAAGACACUGUGAAUUGCAACGUAGGGCAGUAAGAAUUUAAUUAACGUGCAAGCUUAAAGGAC